AUGUCAUCGGCUUCCUUGACGCACGUUGAAGAAAAGUGAACGAUGAAUUUGGCAGAUUUACUGAGCGAUUUUGUAACCAGGCUUCAGGAUGGAGAUAAUGGAGCAAUCGGAAUAGCUGUAGCCCUACUUGUGGUGAUUUUAACUAUAUUGGUGCUUCUCCUAAAGGGUAAAGGCAACAAAAGACAAGGUGUCCUUCUGCUUGGAGUGUGUGACACUGGAAAAACUCUCAUGUUCCAUAAGCUUGUUUUCAAGAGUGACAAACCAUUACACACAGUAACCUCAAUAUCUCCUAACAGUGGUGACUACAUUGUCCCUAAAAAGAACAAGUCAUUGAAAAUCUAUGACCUCCCUGGCCAUGAGAGACUCCGGCACCAGGUCCUUGACCAGUUCAAAGGACUCGCUAGGGGUAUUGUGUAUGUGAUAGAUAGUACUUCCCUCCAAAAGGACAUCAAAGAAGUUGCAGAGUUCCUGUACACUGUUCUGAGUGACCCUGUGGUCCUGGCUAAUGCCCCGCCCGUCCUGAUCGCUUGUAACAAACAAGACCAACACCUUGUCAAAGGAGCAGGAUUCAUCGAGAAACAGUUACAGAAAGAAAUGAACACUCUGAGGGUGACUCGGUCGGCUGCCCUCCAACAACUGGACGGAACCGCCGGCAACAACAACAGCUAUCUCGGCAAGCGGAGCAAGGAUUUUGAAUUUUCUGAUCUGAAGCCGAUGAAAGUGCAGUUUGUUGAAUGUAGUGCAGUGGAUACUUCUGACAAAGAUCAGCCUGGGCUGAUGGAAGUGGAAAACUGGCUCUCCACCUUAGUAUAAAACUGGUUGUUUAUGAACUGAAUUACUUGUGCAAUGUGUUGUGUAAAUGUAUGAAUGGUUUAGAACUGUUUCUAAGAUGUAAAAGUUGUGAGAAUCAAAGUCAUACUUAAACAAUAAUGAGGUAUGGAAGGACUUUGUUCAAAUUUUAAAAAUCUCAUUAUUUUGUCAUUUUGUGUUCAUUUUUUCAUUUGUAUGUUUUUGGUAUAGGAUUAUAAAAUAAAUCAGUGUUUUAUGUA